UCGGCCCCGCCGCCGCCGCCCAUGCCCGGCCCGGGCGGAGGAGGGGCCGGAGGGAGCCCGGUGCCGCGGGGCCGCCCGGCGCGGCAGAGCCCGGAGCGCCGCGGGCGGAUUAUGAGGGAGCCAUGAGCCCGCUGCGGAGCUGGCUGCUGGCCGCGCUCCUCUCGCUCACGCCGCGGGCAGGUCCCGCCGUGCACGCCGGCGCUCCGCAGCGGAGGCUCCCGCGGGCCGGAUGGCAGGACGGGCGGGUUGUUUCCGAAAUCACCCACCCCAGCAGGUUAGUGGGGCAGAGCUCAGGAGGAGAAGUCCAGAAGCAUCAGCUGGACACCAGGGUCAGGAAUGAGCCUAGAGGAGGAGGAGGAGGCCCUGGGGUGCACCUGGCACGGGUGAGCUUCGUGGUGCGUGCCUUCGGCUCGGCCUUCACCCUCGACCUCGAGCUCAACCACCACCUUCUCGCCUCCCACUACGUGGAGCGGCACGUCAGCACGGGCAAGAACAGCAGCCACAGCACAGGUGCUGGGGAGCACUGCUACUACCAGGGCCGGGUCCGCGGCCGCCCCCGUUCCUUCGCGGCGCUCUCCAGCUGCCAGGGCCUGCAUGGUGUCUUCUCGGAUGGCAGGGACACGUACCUGAUCGAACCCCAGGCGGGGGCUGAGCACGGGCAGGGCCUUCGGCCACACGUCAUCCAGCGCGCUCCGAGCUGCACCCAGCCAGGCUGCCUCUUCUCUGCACUGGACCACUACGUCUCCGACAGUUUACCCAAGCUGCGGCGGCGGCGGCAGGUGCGACGAGCCCAGCACACGGUUCACAGCGAGACCAAGUACAUCGAGCUGGCGGUGGUGAACGACCAUCAGCUGUUCCUGCAGCUCCGCAAGUCUGUGGUCCUCACUAGCAACUUCGCCAAGUCCGUGGUCAACCUGGCCGACAUGAUCUACAAGGAGCAGCUCAACACCCGCAUCGUGCUGGUGGCCAUGGAGACGUGGGCCUCCGAGGACCGGAUCCGCAUGGAGGAGGACUCGCUGGAGACGCUGAACGAGUUCAUGAAGUACCGGCGUGAGGCGAUGCCGGAGCAGAGCGACACCGUCCACCUCUUCUCGGGACGGACGUUUCAGAGCAGCUGCAGCGGCACCGCCUUCGUGGGGGGCAUCUGCUCACCCGGCCGCGGCGGGGGGGUCAACGAGUACGGCAACGUGGCAGCCAUGGCCGUGACGCUGGCACAGACGCUGGGGCAGAACGUGGGCAUGAUGUGGAACAAGCACCGCACCUCGGCAGGGGAUUGCCGGUGUCCCGACGCGUGGCUGGGCUGUAUCAUGGAGGACACAGGGUACUACCUCCCACGGAAGUUUUCCCGCUGCAGCAUCGACGAGUACAACCAGUUCCUGCAGGACGGCGGCGGCAGCUGCCUCUUCAACAAGCCCCUGAAGCUCCUGGACCCUCCGGAGUGCGGCAAUGGCUUCGUGGAGGCGGGCGAGGAGUGCGACUGCGGCUCGCUGGCGGAAUGUGCCAAGAGCGGAGGCAACUGCUGCAAGAAGUGCACGCUGACCCACGACGCCAUGUGCAGCGACGGGUUGUGCUGCAAGGGCUGCAAGUAUGAGCCGCGUGGCGUGUCCUGCCGGGAGGCCGUGAAUGAGUGCGACAUCCCUGAGACCUGCACUGGGGACUCGAGCCAGUGUCCCCCCAACCUUCACAAGCUGGAUGGCUACUUCUGUGAAAACGAGCAGGGCCGAUGCUACGGUGGGCGCUGCAAAACCCGAGACCGGCAGUGCAACGCGCUGUGGGGUCGCAGCUCGGCAGAGCGUUUCUGCUAUGAGAAGCUCAAUGUGGAGGGGACCGAGAGGGGCAACUGCGGGCGCGAGGGCUCAGGCUGGAUGCAGUGUAACAAGCAGGACGUGCUCUGCGGCUUCCUCCUCUGCGCCAACAUCUCGGGCGCACCCCGGCUGGGUGAGCUCAGCGGCGAGAUUGCCACCAUGACCUUCUUCCAUCAAAACCGCUACGUGGACUGCAGGGGCGGCCACGUGCAGCUGGUGGACGGCUCGGACCUGAGCUACGUGGAGGAUGGGACGCCCUGCGGGCCCAGCAUGCUGUGUCUUGACCAUAAAUGCCUUCCAGUGACAGCCUUUAACUUCAGCUCCUGUCCCGGCAGCUGGGAUGGGAAGAUCUGUUUUGACCAUGGGGUCUGCAGCAAUGAGGGCAAGUGCAUCUGCCAGCCCGAGUGGACGGGGAAGGACUGCAGCGUCUACGACCCCAUCCCCGAGCCAAAGCCCACAGGCGAGACGGAGCGAUACAAGGGUCCCAGUGGCACCAAUAUCAUUAUUGGCUCCAUCGCUGGGGCAGUGCUGGUGGCUGCCAUUGUCCUAGGAGGGACUGGCUGGGGAUUUAAGAACAUCCGCCGAGGAAGGUAUGACCCGGCACAGCAGGGAGUGUAGCCCCCGCCGCCUGUCCCCCCGUCGUCUCCUCGUCACCGUCAGGCACCGGCGGCCCAGCGGCACGGGACCUCCGUCCCCGGGCUGGGACAGCCGCCAUGGGCCCGUCUGUCCAUGUCGCUGUGUGUCCGGCUGCCCCUGUGCUGUCUCCAUCUCUGUGGCCCCCUCCAUAGCUUCAAAGAGCCAGCUGGGGGGGGGACCAGCCCCGGGAAUAAACUCGCCGGGUGCUCGCAGCAGGCGAGCAGGGCCCUGGCAGUGCCCUCCCCCGGUGCUGGCUCUUUUGGGCUCAGUGUCCCUUGUGUCCCCCCCUACCCCCCCCCACCCCCUGUGUCGCACCCCCACACUAAAGCACUCCUCACUUCUGUGUUGCAGGUCCGGGGGGACCUGAGCAGGGCCUCCCUGCCUUGUGCCCCCCGCUCCAGCGCCUAAUUAACAGCAAUUAAAUGGGGCACAGCUGCCAGGAGUCCACCUGAGGAGGGAGGAGAGCAUGGGGGGGGGGGUCUGGUUGCAGGACCCCCCCCUCCUCGACCCCUGCUGCACCACCACGAAUGUCCAGGCCCCCCGGGGCUGGAGUCACUCAUGGCACCGUGAUGAAUGUACCUGGGGGGGCCGUGCCAGGAGCCCCCAAACCCGCAUGGCUCUGGGGGGGGGCUGGGACUCCUCCCCUCCCAAACUCACAUCAGCAUCUUCCAGCUUUGGGGGCAGAAUCCCCCAGUUCCAGGCCAGUAUCUCCCAGUACCAGGCCAGUUUGUCUUUUCCCCCCCUUCCCUGCCCCAGAGCAGGGCCUGUCCCCUACCACCCCUGCAACCCAGGGACCGGGUCUGCACCCCAGCCGUGGGGCCCAAAAAGCAGCCCCCUGGAUGUGCAGUAGGUGUGCAACCCCCCCCCCCCCAAAUUUCCCUCCCUUCUUACCCCAUCUCAUUGCUCCACCCUCCUGCCUCCUGUCCCCAGCACUGGGGUCCAGCACCCCUGGGUGCCAGAUUCUCCCUGUGUCAUGUGUCCUUCCAUCACCUCCCCAGCCCUGACAGGUGAACCCCAAAAUGGUGGCACCAGGGAGGGCAAGGGGCCAUGCUCAGGUGCUGAGGUACAGGGUGAGCCCAGGGCAGUGUUACCCCCCCCUCCCAUCAGCAGUCCCCAUGGCAGGCACAGCACGUGCCACAUGUCACCCUCAUGGCUGCUGGGGUGGUAUGUGUCACCCGCCCCGUCCCUGUGGUGCCCUGCAUGAGAUGUCCCCCCCAGACCACACACCCACAGAGCACUUGGGGCCUCCAUGGGCCGCUAGAGCACUGGUGACACUUGGUACGAGGGGGAGGUCCCCGCUGUCAUCCCCUGGAGCAGGCAUGGAGGCAGGGGAUGGUGGGUGCCUGGGGGGUUGACCUUGGGUUGGAGUUCCCCAAGCUCAGACAUGUCCCCUGGUGCGCUGUGAGAGCCCACGGCACCCAAGGGUGCCUCAGCUGUGCUGGCUCAAGCAUCGCUGGCUGUGGUCCCCCACCCAGGGCCAGCACCAUGCCUGCUGUCCCCAUGUCCCCAGCCCUAUGGGGUGGGCCGGUGUGGGAGUGCUGCAGGACAGGAGGGGGUGGCCAGACAUCCCCGGGCUCAGCUGCAGUGGUGGCCCCUCGCGUGCCCCAGCCACCGAGUGUGAGCGCAGGUGGGUGCCCUGUGGCUGGGGCUGCAGGGCACGGGGUGGAGGGUGGGGUUAUUUGGAUCUGUACCUCUCCCUGUCCCCUCCGUCCUCCCCCUCCACCAUCUCUGUCACCACAGUGUCCCCAAAGCUGUCACGGCUGCAGUGGCGGGGUGAUCCCCACUGCAAGGGGGCACCCCCUCCCCAGGCCCUGUGUGGAGGGGGAUCCCCGUGUCCCUCCUCUGCUGCCACUUUCACAGCAAGAAGCCACAUUUGUCACUGGUUUGGGGGACAUUAAUAUAUAAAUAUAUAUAAAUAUUAUUUUUCUCAAUGAUUUUAAUGCCGUACAGUCAAGCAGUGCCGCUCAUGCGCUGGGGAGGACUAGACUGGGGGAGAAAAAGGGGAGGGGGAGGCACACAGUGCUUCCCGAGCCCUCCCUCAGCCCCCAGCAGGCCCAGCCGAACAGCCCCGGCCCAACUGAUGCCAGGAGAAGCCCUGGGGCUGGCAGCAAGCCCCCGGCCCGCUGCUGCCUGCCAGCCGCCCCGCACCGCCUUGCUCGCAUCCCGGCCCUCCCUGCGCUCGGCCUGGCCCCCCCCGCCGGCCGCACUUCGCCUCGUGCCCGCGCUCCCGCUUCGCACGCACCAGGGAGCUGGUGGGACCCGCUGGGUGCGCGUCGCCCGGCCCCCGGGACGCCUCCUGCAAUGUCGCAGACUUUAUUUACAAUAAAGACUUGGAAAAUCA